UUCGCGCCUUCCUUUAUUUAAUCCAACGUUUGUCUCAUAAAACCAAAAGGAGGUUUUUGUUCCAAAUCCGAUUCUGGCAAGGAAAAAAAUGAAAAAAAAUCCUCCAAAUCUCCAUAUAAACAAACCCUUCUCUCUGUUUUUUUAUUUCUUGUCUAUACGCAGCGUCUUUAGUUUCAAAGUUCAUCACAGGCACCAUGACACCAGUUACCGGAAACAAAGGGCAGGAGGAAUCCUACAAGAAGAGACAAACCACGAUGGAGAAGAAAGCAACAGAGCUCGCAAUUUUGUGCGAUGUUCCUGUUUGUGUUGUUAUUAAAAACAACACUGACGGCAGGGUUUCAACUUUGCCACAAGAUAGAGGACAGGUGGUCGAUAUUCUCUUCUCUUACAAACACAAACUACAAGCAGAAUCAGUGGCGGGCAAUGCGAAGUCCAAGGUAGUGAAACAGGAUGAAACCUGGGACCCGAGUUUCAAUAACUUACCCGAGGAAAAAUUGAUGGAGAUCAUGAAGGAAUUGGAAGAGAAGUCAAAGAUGGUGGAUGAAGCAAUUACGAGAAAACAGGAGGUUAUUAGUAAGAAGGGGAAAGGAAAAAGAAUCCAUGCUGGUGAUGGGUCGACAGAAGCCGGCAAUAAAAAGGCAAAGGGCAAUAUUGUUCUUGAUUCGAGAACGACCAAUUCUUCGUUUUCUACAGAUUCUGGUUUAGAUUCUACAGAUUCUAGCACCAGCAGGAAUACUGGUUUUCCUGAUGGAGUUUUAAUUCCAAGGAGAUUAACUGAAGGCACGCUUGCGUGUGAGAUUGACAAUGGCACCGAUGUCAAAGCCUUACCUGCGUCCACAGUGCGGCCUGUAAAGCUGUUUGGGAUUUUUCUCAAUUGAGAUGACUUUUGCCUCUAUUUUUUAGAAAUUCUCUCCGUGUAGUUUUAGUUAAUAAGACAGGAAUA